UUCACUUUCGCUUUUGAUCUUUGCCCGGAUCUUUUCAACACUCUCUUGUAAAUACUUUUUCUUCUUCAUUACUUUUUGUCUUAGCUUUUAAAAAUACUUAUAGGUUGGAAUCCUUGAAAUAUUUUAAAAACGGUUUGAAAGACACGAAGAUUAAAGAUAUUAAUUAAUCGCUAGUUUAGAAAUAAAUGGUUUCAACUUUAUACAAAUAGAAACCAUCUAUACACAACAACUCACUUAUUUGGGAUCGUGUAUGAAAUCGAGACAAACUAUAAACAAACAGCAACUCCACUUUUUGUAGCAAGAUUUUAUUUAAGCUGGCUUGCUAACUAUUGCUAUAAGUCUCAUUAAGGUAUAUUGUGAUUAUUUAUUUCGUCUUUUGCUAUGGGAGAAGAAGACCAGCAGGAAGUGUUGAAGGAACUGUCAGCAAGAGCUAUUCUUGAAUUUGAAGAUGUCAGAAUAAAAUACAAGGAGUAUUUUGAAAAGUGUACCAAAGAGGAAGCAAAACGAAAAAGAAUCGAAGCACAAUUCAAACAGCUGAAGCAAGUUUCUUUGCUGGCUGUUGCUGAAUAUGAAUCUUUACACAAACAAUAUGUUACAGAAAAUAAAUAUCGCUUAGAAGUGGAAGAAAAAGUUAAAAAGCUUACAGAAGAAAAUAAAACAAUCCGCAAGCAAAACAAGCUUGGCGAUAAUACCAUGAUUAUACCUAGUGGAAAUGCUGAUCAAGGAACCAAAGGAGAACUCGAAGUUCUUAGAACGAUGAAAGACGCUGUAAAUAAUGAGUUACGCAAUACAAAGAAUGAAUUAUCAAGAACAAAAGAAAUGCUUCAACAAGAAAAAGCCGCACAUGCUAUCACAAAAAAGCGGUUGGCUAUUGGUACACAACAGAUGAAACAACUGAAUAGAGUGUCAGUGUUAGCACUUGACGAGUUCACUGAUUUAAAAAAGAAAUUUGAAACAGAAGCAAAUUGUAGAAGAAAAGCUGAAGAUGUGGCAACUGAGUUGGUUGGAAAGCAAGAGUUAACUGACAGAAAAACAAAGAUAAUAGAAGAACAAACAAGCAAAGACGAGCAGCUGAAAACGCUCAUGGCGGAAAUGGAUGAAAUAAACAGAAUCGCGCAAGAAGAAAGAAAAAAAAAUGCAGAAAAAAUCAAGGAGUUAGAAGAAGAAUUAAAGAACUCUGAAAAUACAGAUGCAUUGAAGAGUAUGGAAGACAAACUUUCUCUUAUGAUGGACCAACUUGAUAUUGCACAAAAGCAAUUAACAGAAUGCGAAGCUCGCUGUGAAAAAGCGGAGUCUGACUCACGUAAUUUGUAUACACGACUAGCAAUGGCUGAAAGGGAAGCAGACUCUUCAAGACUUGCUACUUUACCACCACCACCUCCACCACCACCGCCACCAAUAGCGGCUCCAGUGAUCAGGAAGUUUAUCUCCAGAAUUGGAAAAAAGAAGAAAAGUUCUGCAGAAAUUGGAAAGGAUGAAGAUGAUCCUGUGGCAUCUGCAAUGGCUGACAUGGUGGAGCGAAUCAAAAAGGGUGUCAAGUUAAGAUCAGUUGCUAGUCCUGUAAAGUCCGGUGAAGAAGGUGAAACAGAUGAACCAGGCGGUAAAAUGGGAGAGCUUGCUGGAUUGUUGUCCAAUCUUCGAAGAAAUAAAGUUGGAACAGAAGCCUCUCUAGACGUUGUCGACGAGGAGCCACCAGAAUUUGCUCGAUUCAAACUGAAGAAAACAAACACGAUAAAGUCGGCGUCUUCAGUGGAUGCAGAAGAUGUCGGCUCAACUGAACUAAAAAAGAAAUUAGCGAGACAAAAAUCUGUCGCUGAUGGAAUUGAAGAAGAAAGCACAUCAACUUCUCCUCCAAAAACUGCUCAAAAACCAAAGAAACCUUCCAAAUCAGAAGGAGUCUCCGACGAAUUGGAAAAGAGUGAAGGUCAACCAGAAAAUCUAAAGAAGAUUUUGAAUGAAGAGACCUCAAAACAAGAUAACAUGGAUCAACAAAGUUUGCCAAAGGAGGAGAGUGGAGCUCAACCAGAUGCGCCAAAAGAAGUGGAUGGUGGGCAGGAGAAGGUGUCAAAAGAGGAGGAUUCUAAAAAACAAACAGAAGAAAGUGAUAAAGUAGAAACAACAGAACAACAAGCUUUCCAAAAGCCAGUUCCAGCAAAACGGCUAUCCAUUAUAACGCAAAGACCAUCAGUCGGUGGUGAAAACGAGGAUUUGUCAACUGGAGCUGUUUAUGAAGCACCACCAAAUAAUUCUCCUAAGAUUGAAGGUGAGAAUUAUACUGAUAUGACGCGUCCUGUUCCUGCGAGAAGACAAACACAUUCUACAGGCGAAGAUUAUAUUGACAUGACACGACCCGUGCCUGCAAGAAGGCAAACAACUUCUACAGAUGGGUCUAAAGGUAAAAGCGGAGAAGAUUUAUACGAAUUAAUCGGUGCCUCAAGUCCUCCCUCUUCGCCCACCUCGUAAGCUACUUAUACCUAACAACAUGCAUUAUAAUGGCGCAUAACUUCGUCAUCUUUUGCCUGAUAUUUUUAUACGAUAUUUUUAUUCGAAAAAGAAAAAAACUUUUUGAACUUAUUUUACAGUAUUCUUAGGAUUUGAACGUUAGGAAAUUCUUUUUGUAUUCACGUAAAAUAAAAUUUAUUUUUUAGAUAUCCCUAUUUUCUAUUUCUAAAUUAUAUUUUUAUAUUUGUUUCUACGUAUUUCAAUGUUUAUAGAAUAUUCAGUAAUUUUCUAUUUAUUUUUCAAAUAAUAGCUACAAUAUUCUUGUUCUCCCUUCCUUUAACACCUACUUCUUUUACAUUGGGAAAUACCUCCUGGUAUAAUUGGCGUUCAUCAAAAGAGUCCUUAGUCGAAUCCAUGAAGCUAAUUUAAUUUUUAUUUGAUAAUCUUAGUAGUAUUUCAUUUCAUUUUUACGCUGUUUUGAUUUUGACUUGUUUGAAGUGCAGCAUAUUUUGAUGUUUUUGUACCACCCUUACAGCAUUAACUUAAAUCCGGUAGUCCUGUUUAUUUUUAAUUACCAUACUAAAAUAACUGGUGAGAUAAAUCACUAAUCUGCAUGUUUAGGUUUUAAUUUUUAUUUGCUGAAGACGGAUGUUCCUGCUAAACUUAAACCAUAGGAAGGAAACAAUGUAAAUGGAUAUAUAUUAGUACGAGUAGCCUUCGCGGAUGAAGCCAAUCUAAAACAUUACCAAUCCAGAUAAUUUUUUUCACAAAAAUCACAUUUUAUUAUUCCUUCUUGAUAGUUAUAAUUUUUUUUUGUGAAUCUUUUAUACAUAAUAUGGAUUUAUCAGAGGAGAUUCCUGUUGCCUUUA